AAGCAAUGGGAGCUGUUUGGGCCUUGCUAAUUUGUGUGCUGACAGACUGGCUUACCAAAGGCUCUUGUUUGCCAGUUGGCAGCAGCAAUGAAAGGCAUGAUAAUGGACUUAACAGGAGAAUGAGUGAUCUGUUUCCCAAUGAUCUUGCCAUAAAGGACGCCCUUGGACUUUUCCGGUCAGUGGAGUCCAUGUUGGCUCAACAUGCUAAAGAAGUACAACUGGAAACCAAUACAGUGGAAGCGGAGGUAUCUGUUGGGCGCCUGAACUACCAGAAACCUGAAAAACCUGUGCAACAACCCAAGAGCAGACCAAAGGAUCUCAAAAGCGACAACCUGAUGGCCAGCGACAACCUCAACCCUGGCAACAUGACGGCCAGUGACAACAUGACGGCCAGUGACAACAUGACGGCCAGCGACAACCUCAACCCUGUCAACAUGACGGCCAGUGACAACAUGACGGCCAGUGACAACAUGACGGCCAGCGACAACCUCAACCCUGUCAACAUGACGGCCAGUGACAACAUGACGGCCAGUGACAACCUCAACCCCAACAACAUGACGGCCAGUGACAACCUCAACCCCAACAACCUGACGGCCAGUGACAACCUGAACCCCGUCAACAUGACGGCCAGUGACAACCUGAACCCCGCCAACAUGACGGCCAGUGACAACCUGAACCCCGUCAACAUGACGGCCAGUGACAACAUGACGGCCAGCGACAAUCUCAACCCCAACAACAUGACGGCCAGUGACAACAUGACGGCCAGCGACAAUCUCAACCCUGUCAACAUGACGGCCAGUGACAACAUGACGGCCAGUGACAACCUCAACCCCAACAACCUGACGGCCAGCGACAACCUCAACCCCAACAACCUGACGGCCAGCGACAACCUGACAGCCAGCGACAACCUCGACAACGUGACGGCCAGCGACAACCUCAACCCCAGCAAUGUGACUGCCAGUGACAAUGUAACUGCCAGUGACAACAUGACAGCCAGUGACAACCUCAACCCCAACAACGCAACAGCCAGCGACAACCUCAACCCCAGCAACCUGACGGCCAGCGAAAACUUGAUAGCUGACGUGCGUAUAAAAAGAAGUAAGCAAGCUACAGAGAAGGCACGUGAAAGCCGAGCAAUGGCUGCAGCAGGAACAAGCAAAGACACUUUUGAUCUUGGAACUUGGAAACUAACUCCACUGCGUCCACAUCAGGUGUCACAUGGUCACAGUCUAUUUUAAAGUAAGAAAUAAGUUUGAGGAACCAUGCAAGAGUUGUGCAUUCUAAGAUGUGUCUGCAUGUACCUGCUUUAUCUCUGCUUUGAA